AUGCGCGAAAGAUCAUCCGAAGAGGAGGACGAGAAGGAGGAAACCGUGCUGCGAGAAGAAGAAGAAGAAGAAGAAGAAGAAGAAGUGAUUGUGGACAUAUGCGCGGGUCAAGGGCAGUUGAAGUUUCUCUCUCGGAGAGCUGCCAAAACGAAGACGAGCGUAACGCCUCCGCUUUUGAGAGAAGGAAACUCAAUCAUACUUGAAGUGAAAGAUUUGUGCGAGUACGCCGAAGAAAACGAGGAAGAGAAAAGCAAAGUACCGUGGGUGGAACACAAAUUCGCGAUUGGAGACUCAACGCAUCCGGAAGGGUUGGAAGAAGCGCUUUUAAAAAUGCGGGUGAACGAUAUCGCCGAGGUGAAAAUUUUUGCCUCCUCGGAAUAUCAGUUAUGCGACGCGCUUUUACCCGAGACGCAAACGAUUACUUUCACAGCUUUAUUUGUAGUUAAAGUGGUUGAAGUUACCGACGAUAGCGUUACAGAUGAUAAGUUUGCGAUGUCGCACAGAGAACGGUUGGAGUACGGCGAGAAAAUGUUGGAGCGCGGCCGCAUGUUAUAUCAAACGAAGCGGUAUCGCCGAGCGAAACUCAUGUGGGAUAAAGGCGCGGAUAUCUUUUCGUUGAGAGAACCGCAAGGCGAAUUCGAUAAAGACGGAGAAAAGAAAAACAAAGAGUCCUUUCAAGUCGCGCAUAAGAUUUAUAACAAUCUCGCGAUGCUACAUUUGAAGAUGGAAAAUUAUAAAGAGGCGGAAGCGUUCGCUUCUGAUUCGUUGGAUUGCGAGAAAGAUAACGUCAAAGCGCUCAUGCGAAGGGCAAAGGCGCGCUUGGAACUGCUUAAGUGGGAAGAAGCAGAGAAAGAUAUGGAUACUGCGUUACAACUCGAAGAAGAAGCGACCGAAUCGAACGUGGAAAAGUUAAAGCGCGAACUCGCUCCGCUCCGGAAAAAAUUACAACUUCUCCGUAAACAACAAGAUCUGAAAGAUAAAAAAGAUGGUUUCGGAAACGUCUUCAAAAAAAGCGAAAAGAAGACGUAUUACAAAGACGACGAGAUUGCUAAAGAGAACGAGGCAUUUCCGUGCAAAGAUUUGGCGACCACUCAGUUAGAUUGGGACGAAGAGUUCAAGCAAAUUGAUAUGGAAGAGGCAGAAGCGGUCAGAUGGAAAGGCAUGAAAGAACGCGAACACAAAUAUAACCUUUUGCGAUUCGCGCACGAUCCAGAGAUUUAUAUGAACAAUAAUGCAUAG